CACCGACCCACUGUGACUGUGCGUCUAUAAUCAAAAGUUUUUGAUUGAAUUAAACUUUCAAACUUGAUAAAGUUAUGAAAUAAUAACAAAUGUUUAUAAGUUUUAGUGGUCGUUCUGGAUUCUAUACGGCUCCCGCAUGGUUCCUGUGAUAUUUUAUGAAUAGUGUUAGAAACCAAAGUCCGUUACAAUUAUGUCUUUUUCAUUUGGAACACCGUCAAGCGCUCCCGCUAAUUCCUCUUUAAGUAGUGGCUUUAAUUUUGGCGGAAAUAAGCCAGCUACUCCAGGUUUUGGGUUAACUGCCACAACACAAGCGUCAACUGGACUAUUUGGGAAUACAUCGGCUUCUUCUGCAUUUGGUUCUACGCCUGGGUUUGGUGCUGGUACCUCAACGUCUGCGUUUGGAGCGGCCGCGACUCCGGCUUUUGGCGCGGUGUCUGCAGCACCCGCUUUCGGUACUAGUGCCGCUGCACCGGCGUUUGGUUCCACGGCGGCACCUGCGUUUGGUGCUGCAUCUACAACUCCAGCGUUUGGUGCCACAUCCACGGCACCAACGUUUGGAGCCACGGCAACUCCCGCGUUUGGAGCCACAGCAACUCCAGCGUUUGGGGCUAGUACAGCUACACCUGCGUUUGGAUCAACUACAACACCAGCCUUUGGUACUGCAGGGGCUUCAGCAUUUGGUGCCACAGGUCUGGGUGCAGGUUCCCUUAGUUUCGGAGGUACUACAACCACUGCAUCUACUGGUUUAAGUUUUGGGACCCCAGCAACUACAAAGACAGGACUGGGUGGUCUCGGAGGGUUUGGUUUUGGUGCAACCACAACCACUCAAACUGGACUUGGUUUAUUUAAUACCAGUACCACAACAACCGCUGCUAGUACAUUUGGGCUUAGUACACUGAAUAGUAAUGUGUCUGGAACACAACCAUCUGCAUCAGCAACCCCAAGUCUGGGACUAGGCGGGUUGGCAACAUCGGGUAUUGGUGCCGCAAAUACUACAGGUGAUGGCAAAUCGGAACCGCCGAAGCAGUCGAAACUACCAAAUGAAAUAUCAACAUUAGUGGAUACAUUUAAAGAGUUUGUUAAAAAACAGAAAUCUCUCAGUUCAGAAGUUAUGCGCCUGUCUAUCAAACCUUUACACAAGGUGGGUCGCGAGGCGGAGACGACGCUGCGCGCGGCGGUGGCGCUGCGCGGGGAGACGGGCAAGGCGCGCGCGCAGUCCCGCCGCCUGCGCACAGCAGCUGCGGACGCGCUCGCCGCUGCAGAAGCUGCGGCGCGCGACCCGCCCGGUUCAGAGCUGGAGGGCAACGCUCCACCGAAGUACGUGAAGGACCUGAUCUGCGAGCUGGAGCAGCAGCUGAUCGUGUUCAGGCGGCAGAUGGACGUCGCCGACAAGCAGAUGCAGGCCGCGCCCAAACUACUUACAGAACAAGAGCUGACGCUGGGCAUCCGGCGCAUGCACGAGUCGCUGGUGGCGCUGGCGGGCCGCCUGCAGACGGUGCACGCGCAGGUCGACGCACAGAAGGAACAGUAUCUCAACCUAAGGAAAUACAUACUAAAAGAUCCCACUAAUGUAUUCGAUACACCAUCAGCAAGUGCAAGUCUAGAUCAAAUUCUGCAUGACGCGGAGGUGUCGCGGAAGAAAUUGAAACCCAAUACUUUACAAGAUAUAAGCCUAGGUUUAGGCAGUGCUGUGUUGUCUGAUCCUAGGGCUGCAUUAGGAAACAUUCAACAGUUGGCAGGACCAACUCCUUUCACAUAUUUAGGUUCAGCCGUGUCUCCCUUCCCCACCGCAGAUGGCACAGGCAACUGGCAACCCCAGCAACAGAGCAAUUUCAGUUCGUCGCUGAAUUUCAGCAGUUUCGGUGCAGUGGGACAGAGCGACAGCUUCCAGCUGCAGAAGCCGCCCGGCAAGCGCGGCAAGCAGUGAUACUGGCGAUAGGAGGUUACAACCUCCAUACACACAUACGUCAUGUAUAUGUCGGAGUAACAAGCGGCGCGCAGAUUAUUUCCCAAUAUAGAUAAUUAACAUGGUAACUUUUGUCCUCCAUUGAAAGUUAUAAUAUUUGUAAUCUUUAGUGAAAACUGUUAUCUUAAACUUUACCCCUUAAAUGCUUAUUUUUUAUAUAAAAUUAAAAAAAAAACACAUUUAAUACAAGAUCAGGAAUUUAAUAAGAGAAAAAUAAUAA